AUCUCGCUCAGAUUUGAUCGCUGCUUCGCUUCGUCUGCGUGCUCAGAUUUGCUUGCUGCUUCGCUGCGUCUGCGUGCGUGAGAUCGAUUGCUUUCAGAGGCCUUUUCUUCUCUGUAUGCCGGGAUCGUGGUCUUCGCCGCGUUUGCUUGAUUGCCUGACUAGGAGCACCUAGGGAUUUCAUCGUUUCUUUCGGAGGGCAUUCGAUUGAAAAGUUACUGAUGAAAUGAUUUCCUUCGAAGUAACAACCGCGGUGAUUGUACUGAACGGGUUAUCGGCGGACUGCAGGCCAGGAGAAAAAUAAGUUGCUGGAGUGAUGUUGGCAAAAUCUCCAGCAUUGCCUUUGGUGACUACUGAUGCUACUGCGUUUGGCUCCUGUAUUACUGGAAAUAUCUUGACUUCACCUGUUGUCAAACUCUCUAGCAAGAGAUGCCGAGGAAGAUUGCAUAUCCAGCAAAACAUUGAACUUGGGAGACCUCGAGAUGCAAGUUGGAAAUGGCGGACUCUAUCAGCUGAUCAAGCUCAAGCUUCUGUUGUAGAUGUUGAUGAAGAGUGCAAACAAGUGCUCACUUCCCUAAAGUUCUCCAGUGAAGACGCUGAGAAGAUGUUGAAGAAGGCAUUUGGAUGGAUCCACUCGCCAUAUUGGAGUGAAGAGAGAGAGAAGGAGGUUCCAAGUGCUGAGGUGGUGAAUGGAGUAUUGAACUACAUCAGGAGUCUCGGGCUAUCUGACGAAGACCUUCACAAGUUGUUGAAGAAAUUUCCAGAAGUUCUUGGGUGUGAUCUUGACAGGGAGGUAAAGCUGAAUGUGAGCAAGCUGGACAGUGACUGGGGAAUAAAUGGGAAAACCCUGAGGAGUCUUCUUCUGAGGAAUCCGAAAGUUUUAGGCUAUAAUAUUGAUUGCAGAGGGGAUUGUAUGGCCCAGUGCACCCGUUGUUGGGUUAGGUUCUAAUGUUAUGUUCUACAUGACCACAUGAAUGUUCAGAACUAAAGAGGGCAUUCCAUUGGCUGUGGGAAAAUUGAGAUGACAUUUCGCGGCGCAUUUUUCUGAAAACUAGCACCUGGCAAAUGCAGCAGCUCCAGCGCUUUUGUAGUUGAUGGAUAGACACUGUGUUAGUUCAUGUAUACAUUCUCAAGAGCCAAACAAAUACUGUCUGUAAAAGUCUAAAAGAGUUGCAAUAAAUAUGGUCAACACCUGAAUGAUUUGUGGUAUGGUACUUCAA